UGAAAUAUGAUUGGUAUAGAUAUAGUAUUUCUAUUUUCUGUAUUAGGCAGUUAGGAAACAUUUAACUCAGAAUUUUAAAGCUGAGAAACUUUUUUCUGAGUAAAUCAGAAAGGAUGUAUUCUUCAACUAUUUUUCUAAAUGAAGCAUUAGAAAAGGAUGAAAUAUUUUGACAUACAGAAAGGCAUACAGACUAGUAUAAUAACGUCUUUGUUCUUACCACUUAUCUUGAAAUAAAAUCUUACUGGUACAGUUGAAAGGCCCUUGUGCAUUCCUCCCCAGGGUCAUUUUCCUCUCUCUUCCUCGGUGGUAACUGCGAUAUCAACUUGAUCCUACCCUUGCAGCUUGUGUAUCUUGGCGAUAAUCUGGUGGCUGAGUGCUAAAUGGAUAUGUGGCACAAUGGCAAUUAAUGUUAUUCUUUUUCCUGAAGAAACUUACCUUAUUUCUUUGCUUUUUUUUUUGUUUGCUACUCUUCCUGGUUGACUUCAGAUUUGUGACAGAUUGGAGCCAUGACACUUUGAAUUCUCCCCAUCAUACCGUAUACCGUGAGAAAGGAUUGAGCCUAUAUCUUUGGGAUGAAAGAUCGGUUCAGUAGUUGAUGUUUUUAAUCCCAUUAUGAUCUGAAGUCAAAUUAGAAUGAAGAGCCUUAAUACAAAUAAUCUUGAGUGCCUCAUGACUUUUAAAAAAUAUUUAAAGAUGAGUGGGUUAGGCUCAAAUUCUGAUCAAAUUUCAGGUGGAUGAGCACAUUCUGUGUUUCCAACAUUUUCCUCGGAUUUUAAAAGUUAAGUAUAGUAUUCCUAACUUUGUAUGAUCUAUGCAUAAGAGUGUCUUGUGAAAGAUUCCCAGCAGGUUUAGAGUGUAGUUUAGACUUGGUUACAUGAGAGGUCUUCCUUCACACUCGCCAAAUCUAAGGGAAAAGGCUUCCUCAAGUUGGCAAAGAAUUGAAAUAGACUUCUUCAAAAAGGCAGAAAGACAAAAACAAAAAAUAAGGACAAUAUGUUGCUAAUUAAGAUGCACAAUGAAGUGUUACUGGUUCAGUGUAAUUGAUUUAUAUGAAACAGAUUUUUAGGGAAUGAUAGAAAAGAGGAAAAUAGGUAAUAAAAUGAAGGAGAAGCAAGAAUUGUGAUUGUGGUACAGAUCGGGGACUGGGGCUAAGAAGCUACUCUUGGGAAUAAAUGCCUGAGACACAAAAAUAUCUUGGAAAGAUGAUAGUGAAUGACUAGAAAAUACCAAAGAUUGGUUUUUAGUAUCUGUUACAUAGUGAGUACUCAUUACUUAAUUGUUGAUUGACUGAUAAAAUCUCAUCAAUGAAAAGCACAUGUUCAUGUAUGAAGAUACAUAAUAACUUGUCUGCAUACUAUUUUAUUAAAGAAUUUCUUUUUUAAAGUUAAUCCAGAUGGUUAUAUUUUUGUCAUCUUAAAAGUAUUUUUUUCUGUUAUGCAAGAAGAAUGAUUUUAAAAAUGUAUGUGAAGACUCUUGCUAAAGUUCAAGUGACCAAAUACUGUGCAUAAAUUCUUUAUUUCUUUCAUAAAACUAAUUUUGUUGAAUUUUCCAUAAAAAGUGCAACGACUAAACAUUCUUGUGAUAGCUUCUUUGUGAAUGUGUCACUGUUCUUGAUUUGCACACGCCUUAUAAUUUAGGCUUUCUUUUGUUUUGGGCUGGCAGCUCCAACUGUUAAAGCUCUUGUCUGAUUAUGUGGAACUCCAUUUUAAUAGGAGCAGCUUCUUUGCUGCAUUUUUAAAAAAUGGUCUUGGAAGCUUCUUACUUCCGAGAAAUGGAUCUUUGUUGCGGACAAAGGAUUAUUUAUGCUAAAGGAAAAUGUAUUCCCCACUGAAUUAGCUCGUGGGAAGCAUAACAAGAUCAUUAGGAAUGCUCACUUGUACUUUGGCCUUUUGCUGUGGUGGAGAGAAGGGAAAAUGACAUCAAAAAGGGCAUUCUGUUGUCUUUUGCCUUCCUGCAAAGAAAAUGUAUUAUAAUGUUAGGCUUUUCAGUAUGGUUCAGCUCAGGUUCAACUCUGGUACUAGAAGAAUGUUCCUGAAAGGAAAGUGGUAUGUAUAGUUGACACUGUGCAUGAGAAAAGAAAUUUCAUUUCAACAUAGGUGACUAUGCAGCCUGCAAUUCAAGUAUGGUUUGGAGAAGAUCUGCCUCUAAGUCCUCGGAGUCCUCUGACCCCCAGACAUGGACCAGGAUUGGCUAAUGUUUGUCAGUAUGAUGAGUGGAUAGCUGUGAGGCAUGAAGCCACUCUGUUGCCCAUGCAAGAAGAUCUAUCAAUCUGGUUAUCUGGUUUAUUAGGUAUUAAAGUUAAGGCAGAAAAAUUAUUGGAAGAACUUGAUAAUGGAGUACUACUAUGUCAACUGAUUGAUGUUCUUCAAAACAUGGUGAAAACAUGCAACUCUGAAGAAUCAGGGAAUUUUCCAGCGAGAAAAGUGCCCUGUAAGAAAGAUGCUGCAUCAGGUUCAUUCUUUGCUCGGGACAAUACCGCAAACUUCCUUCACUGGUGUAGGGACAUUGGGGUUGAUGAAACUUACCUCUUUGAAUCUGAAGGUUUAGUUUUGCACAAAGAUCCAAGACAGGUGUAUCUUUGCCUUCUUGAAAUUGGUCGAAUUGUGUCAAGAUAUGGGGUUGAGCCACCAGUGUUAGUAAAACUUGAGAAAGAAAUUGAGUUAGAAGAGACCUUGCUUAAUACUUCUGGGCCUGAAGAUUCCAUCACCAUUCCAAAAUCGUGCUGUCAGCAUGAAGAGCUACAUGAAGCUGUUAAACAUAUUGCUGAGGAUCCUCCUUGUAGUUGUUCUCAUCGAUUUUCUAUUGAGUAUUUGUCUGAAGGACGGUACCGACUAGGGGAUAAAAUACUCUUUAUAAGAAUGCUUCAUGGAAAACAUGUCAUGGUUCGCGUUGGUGGAGGCUGGGAUACUCUUCAGGGAUUUUUGCUUAAAUAUGACCCCUGUCGAAUAUUACAGUUUGCCACACUGGAACAAAAAAUUUUAGCAUUUCAAAAAGGAGUUUCUAAUGAAAGUGUACCUGAUGCGCCCGCCAGAACACCUCAGCCUCCUGAAAUGAAUCCUUUGUCAGCAGUUAACAUGUUUCAGAAACAAAAUUCAAAACCCAGCAUGCCAGUUCGUAUUCCAAAAAGCAAGGAAAAACAGGGACGUCCACCAGGUGCAUUGGUGCCACCAUCUUCACUGAAAGGAGCUAAUCUGGGCCCUAUGUCAGUCCGUUCUAAAUCGCCACAUUCUCCCGCAGCAUCGUCUCAUCCCAAGCUCAAGUCUUCAAGAGGCAUAACAAAGAAACCACAGCCUCCUUCAAACAAUGCAUCAUCUUCACUUGCUUCAUUAAAUCCAGUAGGUAAAAACACUUCUUCACCAGCUUUACCAAGAACUGCACCUUGUAUAUCUGAGUCACCAAGAAAAUGUAUUGCAUCCCCCAGUACCCCUAAGGCCAAGGUUAUUCCAGCCCAGAAUUCAACAGAUCUGCCUGAGUCCACACUUUUGCCAAAUAAGUGUUCUGGAAAAACUCAACCUAAGUAUUUGAAACAUAAUCAUAUUUCUUCCAGAGAUAGUGCAGUAUUUCACUUAGCUGCACAUUCAAAUUCAUCCUCAAAGUGUCCCAAGCUACCUAAAGCAAAUACACCUGUAAGACCUAAACCUUCUUUCCAGUCCUCUGCAAAAAUGACGAAAUCCAGUUCCAAAAACAUAGCCACGGGUCUAGGAACACAGUCUCAACCAUCCGAUGGUGCCCCACAAGCAAGGCCAGUCCCAGCACAGAAACUUAAAUCGGCCUUGAAUUUAAAUCAGCCAGUUUCUGUGUCCUCAGUUUCUCCUGGAAAAGCUACACAGAAAUCAAAAGAUAAGAAUAUAGUUUCAGUUACCAAAAAGCAGCCUCAGAAUAAAAGUACUUUUCAGAAGACAGAACCCAGCUCCUCGAAGUCUCCUGGCAGGACCCCAUUGUCCAUCGUGAGCCUUCCCCAGUCUUCUACCAAAACACAAACUGCGCCGAAGGCAGCACAGACUGUUGCUAAGGGCCAGCAUUCAACUAAAGGGCCUCCCAAAAGUGGCAAAACCCCAGCUUCAACCAGGAAACCACCCUUAUCUGUUAAGGAUGCAGAUAGUGGAGAUAAAAAACCUACUGCAAAGAAAAAGGAAGAUGAUGACCAUUAUUUCGUCAUGACCGGAAGUAAGAAACCUAGAAAAUAAAUACAUAGUCAUUAUAAAAAAAGAGAAAAAGAAGAGUGAAUGUGUUAGCUUCACAUCUUAAAAGUUUCUCCUGUUUGUGUCUGUCUAAAUAGGUGCAGACACUAAGGAUAGUGAGGAUGGAGGUUGGGAUGAGGAAAGGGUUCAUCAGACUUCACAUAUCUGAAUUCAGAAGGAGCCCUUCUGAAGCAAACAGUUGUAAAAUCACUGCAAGGUUUUUAUUAAUAAGAGACAUGUAUAUGAUUUUCAGUCUAUAGCAUCUUUGUUAACAUCUGCCUGUUGCAGGAAAUGUAAAAGUUACUUAACACUACAAGAAUUUUAACAAUAGUUGCUCUAUUUUUGAAUAUGUAUUAAAUAUGGAGUUCAUAUACCUGCUAAUACCAACGAUGGUGCUCUUACUAUUAGGUCAUUGCAUUUUGGUUUUUUUAAAAAAAAAAACAAAAAAAAACAACGGUUUGGCACUUGUCCCACAAAAGGCAUCUAAUUUAAUGUUCUGAUCAGAAUUGCCUGAUCCAACAAUACUAAGUCAUGACUGCUGCUGACUAGCUUGGCAUUACUCUGUGUUAGGUAGAAUUCUUAUUAUUUAUUUUUUUAAGCUUUCCAAAUCGGAAGGAACUGAUUGUUUCACGUGGCUUAUAUUUACAUUGGUAGUAUUUUGUCAGCAAUAUUUUUGGUAAAAAAAAAAACAGCAAAUUAACUUACUGAAGUAUAAACGUUAACAAUUUUUUAUAUUAUCUAUAAAAACUUAGACACCUUAUAUUUCACAUGUUGUGCAAUGUGACGGGAAACUGGUUUAGUAGCUUUUAGCAUAUUAAAAAUAAUUUUUAUAAUGUAAUUUCCUAUAAGUGCAGAUCUGACAUUUUACAUUACAAUAAUGUGAAACAUCAGAAUUAUGUUUUAACAACUUUAAAAUUAAGAUGCUACUGAAAUAAUUUAGUUACGCUAUGUAAAAAUUGUAUCAUGAAAUUCUACCAUGAAAAAUUCUUUAAAAAAUUAAAGAAUUUUUCUCUAGAUAGCAUAAUACCAAUUUUAAUUAAUU